AAGCCUAGACGUCUCGGGCUCUCGGCGCUUUGCUCAGAGAUUCCCUCUUCGGCGCCACCACCCUUUUCUUUCUCCUCCUCCGUCCCUCCCUCCGUCCCUCCCUUCCCUACAAAAGCCGCGAGAAGCGGCGGAGACGAGGAGAAGGACCACCCUUUUGCGCCCGGGCCCCUCCCGUUCAGCGCAUUCGCGUCCCCCACCCGCUCGAGGAGGAGCCAUGGGCGUCGAGGAGGCGGGGCGCGCCGGCGGCCGCGGCAAGAAGCUGGCGCUGGCGAGCAUCGGCUUCGCAGACGUCCGCGUGGGCGCCGCCGGGGGUGCGGGCUACAGGGAAGACCUGCUCGAGGUGGGUCUGCCCCUGCCCGGGCCCAAGAACGACGGGGACCUGGCCGUCAGGCUGCCGGACGUAGGCGCCGCCGUCAGGAAUUUUCUGAGGAAUAGAGAAGUUGCAGAAUUCGUCAGUGGAGCAAUGGCCGGUGCAAUGACCAAGGCUGUUCUAGCUCCUCUAGAAACUAUCAGGACAAGAAUGGUUGUUGGGGUAGGAUCAAAACAUAUUUUUGGUAGUUUUGUGGAGAUCAUUGAACAAAAUGGCUGGCAAGGACUCUGGGCAGGUAAUACUAUAAAUAUGCUCCGGAUUAUCCCAACUCAAGCAAUUGAGCUUGGGACAUUUGAGUGUGUCAAAAGGAGUAUGGCAUCUGCACAGGAGAAAUGGAAAGAAGAAGGGUGCCCAAAGAUACAACUUGGCAAUUUGAAAAUCGAGCUGCCAUUUCACUUAUUAUCACCUAUUGCCAUCGGAGGUGCAGCUGCUGGAAUAGCUAGCACUUUAGCAUGCCAUCCUCUUGAGGUUCUUAAGGACCGUAUGACUGUCAAUCGUGAGGCUUAUCCUAGUAUUGCCAUUGCCCUCAACAAGAUCUACCGCACUGAUGGCAUUGGUGGUCUUUAUGCUGGCCUCUGCCCAACAUUAGUUGGCAUGCUUCCUUAUAGUACAUGUUACUAUUUCAUGUAUGAGACAAUCAAGACUUCUUACUGCCGCACACAGAAAAAGAAAUCUUUAAGCCGCCCUGAGCUACUUGUUAUUGGGGCUCUUUCAGGCCUAACUGCAAGCACAAUCAGCUUCCCUCUGGAAGUAGCAAGAAAGCGGCUUAUGGUGGGAGCCAUACAAGGGAAGUGCCCACCCCACAUGAUUGCGGCAUUAGCCGAGGUUGUUCAAGAGGAGGGCCUCAAGGGGCUUUUCCGAGGAUGGGCAGCAAGCUCCCUGAAGGUCAUGCCGACGUCCGGCGUCACCUGGAUGUUUUAUGAGGCAUGGAAGGAUAUCCUUUUGGCUCCACGGCUCCAUGUCUAGCAAGAGCACGCAACUCAACAACGGCAUUAGCGCUGCUACAGAAUAAAUUUGUUCUACCGUGUGGCCUUGUGGGAUUCCAAUCUUUUUUCUCUUUUCAAAUCCCACAUGUGCCAAUGAUGUAGCAAAAGAAGGCCAUCUUGUGCGGUUUGGCCGAUGAUUAGAAGCAUCAGCUGUUUGUCCUCUGCUAACCUGGAUUGUCUAAUUAGUAGCAACUGUUAACAGACAGUCUCUGGGCUGGGAAUGCAUUGGCCCCAAUCAUUGUUAUUGUGAAACUCUCACUAAUGAAUAAAUAAGUUACCUCUUAUGAGA